UUGAGGGGGAGGGAAGGGAACGAAUAACAUCACUGAAAUGUGUGAGAAACGCAAAUUGAAACUUUGAAACCCACAAUUUGAAACAAAACCCUAACCCACACUUUUUCUGCUCUUUCUUCUCACUCUCACACACACUCAAUUCAAUCCAGCCGCCAUUAAUCGAAGCUAAAUCCUCACUCAUAUUCUCCCCAGAUCUCCAUUGAUUUUCUCCAUUUAUUCAGGUUAUUCAAAUGGAUGCUAUGCAAACAAAUCCUGAACGCCGUCCAUUCUCCAUUAAAUUGUGGCCUCCGAGCCAGAACACUAGGAUCAUGCUUGUUGAACGAAUGACCAGCAAUCUUUCAACUCCAACAAUAUUUACCCAGAAGUAUGGUAGCUUGAGUAAGGAGGAGGCCGAGGAGAAUGCUAAGCAAAUUGAAGAGGUGGCAUUUACUGCUGCAAAUCAGUUCUAUGAAAAGGAGCCAGAUGGUGAUGGGAGCUCUGCAGUUCAGUUAUAUGCCAAGGAAUGUAGUAAACUAAUCUUAGAAGCCCUGAAAAGAGGUCCUGUAACUAAAGUUGUCAGAGAAGUGCCAAUUUCUGAGUUGGUUCAUGAAAGUUUAUUUGAUAUAUCAAAAGGCCCUCGUGCCUUCAUUGAGGCUGAAGAGGCAGAAGAGCUUUUGGCACCAUUAAAGGACCCAUCAAACAAUUACACCAAGAUAUGCUUCAGUAACAGAAGUUUUGGUUUAGGCGCAGCACGUGUAGCAGAACCCAUUUUGGCAUCUAUCAAGGAUAAAUUGAAGGAAGUAGACCUGUCUGAUUUUAUAGCCGGUAGACCAGAGGUAGAAGCCUUGGAAGUCAUGAACAUGUUCUCAGCUGCCCUUGAAGGUGCUGUUCUGAAAUCUCUUAACCUCUCUAACAAUGCUUUGGGUGAGAAGGGUGUUCGUGCAUUUGGAGCACUUCUGAAAUCACAGAGUAACUUAGAGGAGCUUUACUUGAUGAAUGAUGGCAUCUCAGAGGAGGCAGCACGUGCUGUAAAUGAGCUGGUUCCUUCCACAGAGAAGCUUAGGGUGCUUCAGUUUCACAACAACAUGACAGGUGAUGAAGGUGCUCUUGCUAUUUCUGAGGUUGUAAAGCGUUCUCCUUUGCUGGAGGACUUUAGAUGUUCCUCAACUAGAGUAGCUUCUGAAGGAGGGGUUGCCCUAUCUGAAGCCCUAGAGGGAUGUGUUCAUUUAAAGAAGCUUGACUUGCGCGAUAACAUGUUUGGUGUAGAAUCAGGAAUUGCUUUGAGUAAAGCUCUUUUGAAACAUGAAAAUCUUCUUGAGGCCUACCUGAGUUAUUUGAACUUAGAAGACGAGGGAACUAUUGCUAUAGCAAAUGCUCUCAAGGAUUCAGCUCCAUUGCUUGAAGUAUUGGAGCUGGCUGGAAAUGACGUUACGCCUGCUGCUACGCCCGCACUGGCUGCAUGCCUAACAUCAAAGCAGCAUCUCUUGAAGGUCAAUUUGGCUGAAAACGAGCUUAAGGAUGAAGGAGCUUUACAUGUUAGCAAGGCUUUGGAAGGUCAUACUAAGUUAAAGGAACUUGAUAUGAAUACAAAUGCAAUAAGAAGGGCUGGUGCUAGGGUUUUGGCUAAUAUGGUGGUGGAUAAGCCUGAUUUUGAAAUGUUGAAUAUUAAUGGAAAUUUCAUCUCAGAUGAUGGAAUUGAUGAUGUUAAUGAAAUUUUCAAGAAGUCUCCCGAGAAGCUCGGGCCAUUGGAUGAAAAUGACCCGGAAGGUGGAGAUGAGGAUGAAAAGGAAUCAGAGGAUGGUGAUGGAGAGGAAAAUGAACUGGAAUUUGAGCUGAAGAAUCUUGAUGUCGGUGAGGAAUAGGUUUAUUUCUGAUAGGUAAAAUUAUGUAGGAUAAGUCAGUAGCGUACUUUUAGCAUCCGAAUCCACAGUUGUCCUCUUUUAUCUUCGACACGCUUUGGAUCAACAGCUUUUUAGAGCAUCUGGCAGCAAAUGACUUUCAUGGGGAGUGGCUUAUAGCUUUAUAUUUGUAGGUCAUUCUUCUUCUUUUGAACCCUCCCCAUUCCCCUCUUUUAUGUAAUUUUAUUGUUCUGGGUAAGUUGCUUCUUUGGAACCCUCACUGAGCUGUUCUAUGUAGGACUCUGUUUUUAUUUAUCGAUAUUGUAAAAGAGGGAUUGCCAUUUUUUCGUCAUAUUGAGCUUCUGUUCAUAAAGAAGCAACCUUUGCUGGAGAUGUACUUCAAGAUUUCAGUGUGCUGAAUCAUUGUUAUGUAGUACUUUAUGAUGUUGCAGAGUCAGCUCUUUCAAUAUAAACUUGUUCUGUUUA